CUCCUAAAUUAAAGAGAGUGAGCCAGGCUCCUGCUUGAGAAGAAGGAAGGGGUAGGAUAAUCUUACCGAACACAGAAAUAUGGGUUAUUUUAUUAGCAGCCCAUAAACUUGAACAAAAAUCUCAAUUGAGUCCCCAAACUUACUUUAGUUUCAAAUUCAGUCAAAGAUUCUCUCUCUCUCUCUCCGAUGAGAAAAAUCAAAACUGACAAAUCUACUUAAUACUUGUAAAUAAAGAAUUUUAAGCUCAUCACUGCCUUCGUCAAGCUCGUUCUGUAAUUGUCAAUGUCAACAGAAGAACGAAAGGGCAAGAGAGAUCAGACAAAAUUUCGGAAGAUUCUCGUGGAAGAUCAGGAUUUUAUUCUAUAGAUUUCUUGGGUUCGAAUUUCUCGAUUUCAUAAGCUUUAUAAAGAAUUUGGAGUCCGAUACUUACUCCCACAAUCUCACCAGCUAAUGGCAAAACCAAAAUCACGACAUACGGCAAAGAAGAAAAAAUAUCAAGGUGCCCCAGAGGUGGACCCAGCUGAUGAAGAUAGUUGGGUGGUGGUCAAGAAGCAGAGAGUCACUAUUUUAAUCCCACCAUUGGCCAGCAAGGAACAGCCCAUAAAUCCUAACACGGCAGAACCUCAGAUACAAGAAAAGCCUGGAAAAACUAAUUCUGAGCCACAGUGUCCAUCGGGUACACGUGUCCAAACGCAUUUGUCUCCUACAAGGGAGAAAUCCAUCUCGGUGUCUCCUGAGGAGGAUCUUCCACCAGCUAAUAUAGUUCAUCCUUCUGAACCUGUUCCACCAUCCGAGCUACAGCACAGGGUUGAUUUGGACAAUUCACCAAUUCAUAGUUUUAGAGAGGAUGAAAUGAUAAGAUUUGGCAGCACAUCAAAAGUGAGUAAGAAGUUUAUGAUAUUUGCUGAUACGAGCACACUGCUGAAUCGGAGAAUGAGAGCAUUAUAUCUCGAGAAAAAACUCCGUAGUGCUGGAGGAUUGAACAACUGGCUAGUUUCUCUAGGCCUUAGCCGCUUCAUAUCCAUUUUUCAGAGCCGGAGUGUCAACAAAUAUCAGUUGGCUAAUCUUACCAUGCAAAAGCUUAAAGAUAUGGGUGCAGUAGCUGUUGGUCCUCGGAGAAAGCUGAUGCAUGCCAUUGACUGCCUUUGCCAACCCCAUUGUUUCGAGUAUCCAUGAAGCCAGAUAGAAUGUGCAAACAAGAAGAAAGACAAUGUCCAAUGAUCAUAACAUGUGUGUGCUUGUUUUUAUGUUUAGUUGCGUCCUGUAUCGUCUUUGAGUAGAGCUAGACUGGAUGAUUAUCCUAAAGUCGAACAGUCAUUCUACUAUGUUGCCAUGGAUCCUGAUCAUCAGUUAGUACAAAUGUCUCGAGGAUGUUGGCAAUGUAUGUGUUUUGUUAUACAAUUUUCAAAGCAUUUUGUGAAUUCGAAAAUUCUCCCA